CGACAACUUUGUACAACAUUCGUCAAAAAUUUUUUUAACUCUUCCUUAAAAAUGCUAUUUGUUCGUCAAAUAACAGGAAUAUCAUUUUGUACACGAUUAAUAACAAAUUCAUGCAGAAAAUAUAACAUUUCGACAAAUCCAGCGAGAAUAACACAAAAUUUUAUUCCAACUUUAUUAAUCAACAAAAAUGAACCGAAUAAAAUUGUAUAUCCUCUGUAUCCACAAAAGAGUCAUGAAACGUUAAUUAAUGAGAUAGGAAUUCAACGUCCAAUAUGGAAGAAAGAAAUUUUCGAGGUACCAAUAACCAAUAAAGUCAUUGAAAUGCCAAUUCAGAUCAAUAACAAGGUGAUUGAGGAUGUUCCCAACAUUAAUAAAUCUAUUGAACUUCCAACUGAAAGUAAAAUUAGAGAUAGUAUUAAACAAGCAGCACGUUUAAUAGUUAUCAGAAAGAGGAAAAUGAGAAAACACAAGUUGCGAAAGUUAAGGAAGAAGAUGAAGUUUGUUUGGGCAAAGGCAAAGCAGAGACGAGAAUGGAAGAAAGAAAAACGUUUCCUUAAUAGCCUGUUAAAUCAAAUUAAAGUAGCACAAAAGUUCUCAGCUGAGGAUUAUGUUAACGAAAUGAUUAGCAAGGCAACUGAAAGUCCACCUCCAAAAUACUAUAAAAAACGUCGUAUGCCGACAUGGCUGAUCCUUGAAAUGCUUGAAAAAGAAAAUCAAAAAAAGUUAGACAGAAAGUACAAGUUCUGGGAAGAAUGCGGUAAAUGAGCUUGACAAAAAAAAAAUAAAAUUAUAGUACAUAGUUAAGAAAA